AUGGCUGUGGAGGUCUGUGUUAAGGCUGCUGCCGGUGCUCCUGACAUUCUCGGCGACUGUCCAUUCUGCCAAAGGGUACUCAUGACUCUGGAAGAAAAGAAAGUCCCUUACAAGACGCAUUUGAUCAACACUAGUGACAAGCCCCAAUGGUUCUUGGAGGUGAAUCCAGAAGGGAAGGUGCCAGUUUUGAAAUUUGAUGACAAGUGGAUUGCUGACUCUGAUGUUAUUGUUGGUAUUAUUGAAGAGAAAUACCCGAACCCUUCUUUAUCUGCUCCUCCUGAAGUCUCCUCUGUGGGAUCCAAAAUAUUUUCUUCUUUUUUUAAGUUCUUGAUGAGCAAAGACCCCAGCGAUGGUUCAGAGCAGGCUCUGCUUGAUGAAUUGAAGGCAUUGGAUGAGCAUCUAAAAGCUAAGGGACCUUAUGUGAAUGGAGAAAAUAUAUGUGCUGUCGAUUUGAGUUUAGCACCAAAGCUUUACCAUCUUGUCGUGGCUCUUGGCCAUUUCAAGGGUUGGAAUGUUCCAGAAAGUUUGACUCAUUUGCAUAACUAUAUGAAGUUGCUCUUUUCUCGGGAGUCUUUCCAGAAAACGAAUGUUGCAAAGGAAUACGUAAUUGCAGAAGGAUACAACAAAUUUGAGCCUGAUCCGGAAAAGCUGGAUGCAUUGGUUAAACGUUGGUGA